AAAUUGAAAGGCAGUCUUUGCAGGGUUUUAACCACGUAAUUUUGACAGGUCGGAGAGAGAAACAGAGAUAGAUUUUUGGGUUUACAGACACAGACGGAGAGAAAUAAGAGCAUAUAAAAAUUUUCAGAUUUGUCGCUUAGGAUUGUAAUUUUUGGGUUUCAAGUGGAGGACGGACGUCAACAUGGUGGGCUCUGUGGCCACAACCACUCAUCGUCAUCCUCCAAUGGACGCCACUGGUGAUGGAGAUGAUGAUGAUCAAGCUAUUGAGGCCCCUUCUUUGGUUUCCUGCUCGAUUUGUCUUGAGGCUGUGACUGAUGACGGCUCCAGAUCCACCGCUAAGCUCCAUUGUGGCCAUCAAUUCCAUCUCGAUUGCAUUGGUUCAGCAUUUAAUAUGAAGGGAGCAAUGCAAUGUCCAAAUUGUCGGAAGGUUGAAAAAGGUCAGUGGUUGUAUGCCAAUGGCUCAACUCGUUCACUUCCUGAGUUUAGCCUGGAAGACUGGAUACCCGAUGAGGACUUCUAUGAUCUAAGUUAUUCUGAAGUGCCAUUUAGAGUUCAUUGGUGUCCAUUUGGUGAAUUGGCACGAGUUGGAUCGUCUUUUGAGGAGGUGGAACCUCCGCCAACCACAUAUCAUGACCAACGAGGACACCAUCCCAUAUUAGCUGAACAAGAAGCAGCAUCUAUGGCUCAUUCAUAUGUUGCGUAUGUUGGACCGGUUCCAACUACAACUUCAAGACCUAGCAAUAAUGUUGAUGAUACCCCUUUAAAUUAUCACUGGAAUGGUCCAUCAGGACACAAUGAGAUUUUUCCUCCCCAUGCAUUCCCUGCCAUCCAAUACCAUAGUUGGGGUCAUCAUUCGCCGCCCUUCUCGGUAUCUGGUAGCCAUAUGAAUGGUGCUGAUCCAGCUUCUGUUCUACCAGCCACACAGAGAUCUUCGCAUGGUGAAUCUGAUGCUGUAACAAUGUCCAGAUCAUUUCCACAUCCAUUCGUCUUUGAUCAUGGGUCUGGUCCUAGACGUGGGGGCUCAUUUGUCUCCUCAGUUGUUCCUCGUCAUCCUGGCAGCACUGCCGUGAACCUUGAAAGGAUCCAAGCUUCUCAUUCCUUCCUUCCUCAGCAGCAGUUGAGCAAUUCAUCAGGCUUGCCCACACCUGUAGGGCCAGGUUUGAGGAGAUUUGAUGGUCUGAUGAGCUUACCUGCAGUAGUGCCACCCCCCCAACAUGAUCAGAAUGGUAAUUUUUUUAUCUUUCCACCAAGUUCAUCCGGGCAGAACCUACAAGAAGCAGAAAGUCCUUUUUAUAAUCGUUUUCAUGUAUGGGAGAGAGAGAGGUUAUCUCGUUUCCCUGCUGUAAUCAGAGACUCUAGUUGGGGUUUGUUUCAUCAGACCAGCGGGGCCUCAGACUCGGGAAACAGGCCAGGAAGCUUUUGGCAUAGGCAGUCUUCCUAACAGGAUGGGAUCAAGACCUUCUUGAAUGUGUGUCCUGCCUGUCAGAAAAUUGCACGAAUUGCAUCUGAACUUGAUGACUGGAACUUAAAAAGUUAUAUAUGUGAACAGCAAAACUCAUUUUUGUAAAUUUUGGCAUACUUGCGAAUAACUGUUGUCCAUUUUUGUAAAUCCUGGGAACGUUGUCUUAUUCUGUCGCCCCGAAACUCAAAUUUUUUGGCAAUUAAGUGUCGUUGCAAAUGCAAUUUUCACC